AUGAGUUCACUAAUACCCAGACUAUUUAAUUCUACUACUGCUCGUGCAGCUUCCUUUAAUAUGAUGAGAUCAACAACGAUAACGACGUCGUCCUUAUUAAUAUCAAAGAGAUCAUAUCAUCCAAAAGUUAUUGAACAUUAUACUAAUCCAAGAAAUGUUGGUUCUUUAGAUAAAAAAUCUAAAGAUGUCGGUACAGGUAUUGUUGGGGCUCCUGCCUGUGGUGAUGUUAUUAAAUUACAAAUUCAAGUUGAUGAUAAGACAGGUAUAAUUGAAAAUGUUAAAUUUAAGACAUUUGGCUGUGGUUCAGCUAUUGCUUCCUCAUCCUAUAUGACAGAAUUAGUUCAUGGUAUGUCUAUUGAUGAUGCUGCAAAGAUUAAAAAUACAGAAAUUGCAAAAGAAUUAUCUUUACCUCCUGUUAAAUUACAUUGUUCAAUGUUAGCUGAAGAUGCUAUUAAAGCAGCAAUUAAAGAUUAUAAGACAAAGAGAAAUUCAACAGUUUUGCAUUAA